AUGUCUUCAAAGGGUGGAUAUGAUGUUGAUCGUGAGAUGGCUGAAGCUCUUCAAGCCAAAGAACUUGAGGAGGAGACAAUGUUCAUGCUCGGCUUGAAGUAUGACUUUGUUAAAGAGAAAAUCAACAACAUGGGUGGUGGCAAGAAGACCCAGAAACCUGAGAGUAUCACCCUCAAGAUUAUCAUCAGCAACAAGGAGUUCAUCGUGGUGCUCUCACCAUCGGAUACAUUCAAAGAUUUGCGAAUGAAGCUAUGGACAACUCAUGAGAAGGAGUUGCGAAAGAUGGGCUUCAUCAAGACCACCAUCGUGCAAGACCCCGUGCUCGACUUCACAGUUGAGGGCAAGGGCUCGCUCUACAAACAUGCCAGACAGGGAAUGUUCAAAUGGGGCUUUGAGGACAACGCGGUCAUCACAACUCGCGAGAUGGAUGAGAAUGAACGCAAGGCUCGCAAGGCUGUGAAGAACAAGAGCCAUGCCAAGUCAAAAGCGAUGCCGAAGAAGGACAGCGAUGACAAGAAGGACAAGAAAGACAAGAAGGGCACCACCGACGACAAUAAGGGCACCGCCGACAAGCAGAAGGGCACCACCGACGACAAGAAGGGCACCACCGACGACAAGAAGGGCACCACUGACGACAAGAAGGGCACCACCGACGACAAGAAGAAGAGCACCGACGACAAGAAGAAGGGCACCGACAAGAGCUCUUCAUCCAGCGUGCCCAAGUGA